CUAAUGAAGAAACAAGCCAAGGAGGUGCAAGACCUAGAAUCUAGCAAUAAUCAGAAACUGUUAAUCGAAAAUGAAAAAUACCAGGAGCUGCAAGUGAAAUCUCAGAGGAUGCAGGAGGAAUAUGAGAAACAAUUGCAUGAUUUGGAGGAAAGCAAAAGCAAGGCUCUAGAGGAGCUAACAGAAUAUUAUGAAGAAAAACUUAAUGAGAAAUCUGUUUUGUUGGAAGAGACAGAGGAGACUAUCAGGCAGCAGCUUCACAUAUAUGAAGAAAUUAAGAAACAGAUUGAAGAAGAUGAAGACCGAGAAAUCCAGGAAAUCAAAAUCAAGUAUGAGAGACGACUCCAGGAAGAAAAGGAAUCAAACCUGCGACUGAAAGGAGAAACAGGGAUUAUGAGGAAAAGGUUCAACAGUCUACAGAAAGACAUUGAGGACCGAAACAGUGAGAUUGAGGAAAUGAAACUGGAACAGCAGAAGCUGCAAGGCAUAAUUACCUCGCUGGAGAAGGACAUCUUGGCACUGAAGAGGGAGAUUCAAGAGAGAGAUGACACUAUCCAAGACAAGGAGAAGCGGAUAUAUGAUCUAAAAAAGAAAAAUCAGGAACUGGAAAAGUUCAAGUUUGUACUGGAUUACAAAAUAAAGGAGCUUAAGAACCAAAUACAACCACGUGAAAAUGAAAUCAUGGUAAUGAAGGAGCAGAUCCGUGAGAUGGAGGGGGAACUGGAACGACUCCACAAGCAGAACGCCCGGUUGGAACUGCACAUCACAGAACUGCAACAGAAGUUAAAGGCAACUGACCGUGAGGUGCACAGAGAGAGGCAGAAGGAACAAAAUAUGAAAGCUCUCAUCAAACGAUUUAAAACAGAUCUUCAUAACUGUGUGGGCUACAUUCAGGAUUCCAAAAAACUGAAGGAUAGGAUCUGUGAGCUUUACGCCAAAUACGUCCAUCAAACUGACAUGGUGGAGACUGUAGAAUUAGACACAGAUUUGCAGCAGGAGUACAUCAGACAGCGAGAGUAUCUUGAGAGGAAUUUUGCAACUUUAAAAAAGAAGCUGGUGAAGGAAAGUGAAAUCCACCGAGGUGAUUACGAAAAUGUGAGUCUGAUUAAGGAGAUUAAUGAGUUGCGUCGAGAACUGAAGGUGACCCGCACCCAGGUACAUGACCUCCAGUCAACGCUAGGACUAGCCAAGAAAAAGCAAGUAAUUCAAGACACAGCUCCCUCCAGUGAACUGCUCUCCAGCCCAGCUGUGCUGCGGUUGAAUGCAGAGAAAGAAAGUGAAAAAAUCAUAGAAAUGCAGCAGCUGGAAAUCCAACGACUGCGAGACGAAAUCCAAGAGAAGGGGCAGGUCUUUGCAGUUCAGCCUCUCUCAGAUGGAAAGCUUCCUAUGCUGAAACUGGAAGGAAGCCACAGGACAUAGCCAGAAUGACUUGGUUCAGGAACACCUUACAUUAUUGUGUUCUCCUGGCAAG